GGCUGGUGUUCCGGAAGUCGUUUGAGAAACGGGAGAAGGUGACUUCUUUGGUUGCGGUGCUUUGCCCAAAUUCUGACAAAGCCCCUCAGAAGACGGGGUUCUGUUGGAUAAACAACCAUGUCUUCUUUAGGACGGGCUUUUGCAGUCCUUCGGACAGGAGCUCUGCUGUUCAGGCGCAGCCCGAGAAGGAUACAGAGCAGAAAAGCUAGCUGGGAAACGGAAACUGGACCACUAUACAGAGAAUGUCCAGUACCGUCGAAGAAGCUGCGGUUCGAUGCGGAGUUCCUCAGUGCGAGUAUGUGGUUCUGGAUCCUGUGGCAUUUUUGGCACAACCCAGAAGCGGUGAUAGGUCACUUUCCCUGGCCAGACGCCUCUCAGUGGACUGAUGAGGAGCUUGGUAUUCCACCAGAUGAUGAAGAAUAAGAUGAACAUGUGGAAUAUGCAUUCUUUGGCAAGGCUUUAUGAAGUCUGGAUUUUCUGAAAGUUUUUGUUGUAAUAAAUUAAUCUUUAAGUUAAA